GUCCCAGGCUGGAGAUCUCUGGCAGUGCAGGGUGUUUGCACCCUGGGCUACUCCAGGGGGAAACAAUGGAGAACUCCCACUCUGGUCACUGCCAUGAUUCAGGUGUCGGGGACCUGGAAGAUGACAUUAUCAAGUGUCAGUAUCCCCCAGCACCAGUCGGGCGGGAGUCCCAGCAGCAGCAGCAGCAGCAGCAGCGUCAGCCUCAGCUCCUGCCCAACCUGCUCAGCACCUCCUCGUCCCCAGCCUUCAGGGCAGUUUCCAGCCUCAGCCAGGUCCAGGUCCAGCCCCAGGCGCCGAGCUCCCGUCAGGGCAGCCAGCUGCACCUGGACGACUACCUGGCCGGUCCCCCGGCGCCCGCCGGCGGCGGCGGCAAGCACCGGCAGGCCAGCCCGCUGGUCCACCGGCGGGACAGCAACCCCUUCACCGAGAUCGCCAUGAGCAGCUGCAAGUACAACGGCGGCGUGGUCAAACCCCUGAGCAGUCUCAGCACCUCCAAGAGGAACCUGAUCGACUCGGAGAUCGAGCCGCAGCCCGUGCCCCUCUUCAGCUGCAACCACCUGCUGGGCAACACGCCGGAGAUUGUCGUCUCCUGCAAGGACGAGCAUCACCAGCAGCAGCAGAAGCACCACCACCACCACCCCCCCCCACCCCCCAGCGGCGGCGGCAGCGGCGGCGGCGGCGGCAACAACAACUCCCGCAGGGGCAACAAGAGGAAGAACCAGAACAUCGGCUACAAACUGGGGCACCGGCGGGCUCUGUUCGAGAAGAGGAAGAGGCUGAGCGACUAUGCCCUGAUCUUCGGCAUGUUUGGCAUUGUUGUCAUGGUGAUUGAGACCGAGCUAUCCUGGGGGAUCUACAACAAGGGCUCCAUGUAUUCGCUCGCCCUGAAAUGCCUUAUCAGCCUGUCCACAUUGAUCCUGCUGGGACUCAUCAUCGCCUACCAUGCCAGGGAGAUCCAGCUUUUCAUGAUUGAUAAUGGAGCUGAUGACUGGAGGAUUGCCAUGACUUAUGAGCGGAUUUUCUUCAUCAGCUUGGAGAUGGUAGUGUGUGCCAUUCACCCUGUCCCUGGGCGCUACACGUUCCACUGGAAGGCCCGCUUGGCAUUCUCCUACACACUGUCUGAGACCUGGGCCGACGUGGACAUCAUCCUCUCCAUCCCUAUGUUCCUCCGGCUCUACCUCAUUGCCCGGGUCAUGCUCCUCCACAGCAAGCUCUUCACGGAUGCCUCCUCGCGCAGCAUCGGGGCACUGAACAAGAUCAACUUCAACACGCGCUUCGUCAUGAAGACCCUCAUGACCAUCUGCCCCGGCACCGUGCUCCUCGUGUUCAGCAUCUCGUUGUGGAUCAUCGCCGCCUGGACCGUCCGUGUCUGUGAGAGGUACCACGAUAGCCAGGACGUCACCAGUAACUUUCUGGGGGCGAUGUGGCUCAUCUCAAUCACCUUUCUGUCCAUUGGAUAUGGCGACAUGGUGCCCAACACUUACUGCGGGAAGGGGGUGUGCUUGCUGACUGGGAUCAUGGGUGCAGGAUGUACAGCUCUGGUGGUGGCUGUCGUUGCUAGGAAACUAGAACUAACCAAAGCUGAGAAGCACGUCCAUAACUUCAUGAUGGAUACACAGCUCACCAAGCGGAUAAAAAAUGCAGCAGCCAAUGUUUUGCGGGAGACCUGGCUGAUCUACAAACACACAAAACUGCUCAAAAAGAUUGACCAUGCCAAAGUGAGGAAGCACCAGAGGAAGUUCCUGCAGGCCAUCCAUCAGCUUCGCAAUGUGAAGAUGGAGCAGAGGAAACUCAACGACCAGGCAAACACCCUGGUCGAUCUCUCAAAGAUGCAGACAAUCAUGUACGACCUGAUCACAGAGCUGAACGACCGUGGCGAGGACUUGGAGAAGCAGAUCAUGAGUCUGGAAAACAAGCUGGAAGGACUGACGAGCAGUUUCCAUGCCUUGCCCAGGCUGAUCGCCGACACCCUGCAGCAGCAGCAGCAGCAGCUCCUCAGCGCCAUCGCCGAGGCGGGCAGUGCCCACGGCGACUCCCAGCGCUCUGACAGCCAGCUGGGGCUCAGCUCCCCUUCCUUCCCGACCCCUUGCACCAGCUCCAGCAGCUGUUAGGGCCCUGAACCUCGGACCAGGCGUGAUUUUUCCGUUUCCCACCCCCACCCCCAACCUCAACCUCUCUCACCACCCUUCUUGCCUGCUGGCUCUGCGAACGGAAAGGGAUGAGGAUACGGGCACAUAGGAUCAGAGCUCUCACCUAACUCAGCACUGUACCUGUCCCCCUUUCUCCCCACUGGUUCAAGGGGGUGCUGACACUCCCUCUCUAUUGCAUCCCCCCCCCCU